UUGGCAACAUUGUUUUUUGGUAGUUUACAAAUAAAAUGGCCGAUAUGUGAGGCUAGUUUGUAUGGACAAUAAAAUAUGCAAUUAUGUAAAAUUAAUGACCGUCGGCCGUGCGUGCGUCCAAGUCAAAACGUGGCCCCGUGAGUGCGAAGCACGGGAAAAGUGCGCGGAGCACGAGUGAGAGUGUGGGAGCGGCGCGGGAGGUAGGUGGAGGUUGUCUUUCCAAGACCCGUGGACGCCGCGGGCUCGAAAGACCGAAACGAGGAAAUCACUUAUGGUCUCCAACACAUAGAAGAGUGGUGCGGCGUGCUUUUUUCUAUUGGUGUAGAGUGGCGCGGCAACGAUACGAAAGCGACUGCUCGACUCGGGCCUUAGGAAAAACGGCCGCCUCGUCCUGAUAUCUCCGACGUACGGAAGCUCAGCUCUCGUGUCUCGGGGCCCGCGCAUCGCGCAUCGCGAACCCCGGGAACCCCGGGAACGGCGUGAGCGCCUCGGGUGCACGGCUCUCGUCGCUGCGGUGAAAUCGUUUCACCAUAGAUUCCCUUGUUUGCAGCACCCUCCGCUCCGCGUGCUGCCCGAACAGAGCUCCCGAUAAAGCCGGGCUUGGAGGACACCGCAUGCGUCGAGCUCGCGCGUAGCGUCCCGUUCGACGGCCGUUGUCGCGGCAUCCAGAUAUGACAGGUUUCGUCCGCAGAUUUGUCCAGCAAGGCCGAGAUACUGGAGCGUGACGGGUACGUUUAUUUGGAGCCUCUCAAAAUCUUUCCCACGGAUCAGUUUGUUAUAGUGGAGAGGGCUGGCGCGGACAAUGCAUUGACAAACGCAGCAACGGAGCAGCAACGCACCAGUGCCGCGUCCAGCCAGACUAACCCACCCAUCGCCACCCUCACGACUAUGUGUACCACUCCUGGGAAUGCGGGCACGGGAUUCGGGUCCUACGCUUGGUCCUUCGGCGGGCCAGGGACGGAGACCCGGGAGAACGCCCAGAGCGACCUCGCGACCAACAUCAGUUACGCCGUUAACAAUAACCAGGAUCAAGGCUCCAGUCAGAAGAUACCGGUCGACAUCAAGCCGACCAAGGUUACCGCCACCACUCACCGUCGUCCGAUGUUUGUGAUGAACGAAAGUUGUCAGCAGACACCGACGACGCAUCAUGGCCAUACCGGCGGAGCGCAUAAUCAAACUACCCAUGGCACUCACGUUCGCACUAAAAAGCAUCACGACGUAUUUUCACUGACGUGCGACAAAGGGGGCUGUAAUUGCGAUGCGGCGCAUCCCACGCCCCCGCCUUCCUUAUUCUCAAACACCUUAGUUUUUACGACAGCCGACAAGCACGCCAUGAGCAAGCACUUCAUGACACCGCUCGGACCGUUGCAGCUCACGGCAGAAGAGUGCAAUGAGAUCUUGAUGAAGAGAGCGGCCGCUGCGUCCAAUCAGACCAGUACGACCAACAACGUCGCGACCAGCCAGACGGACAAUACCGCUCACUUCGGCCAUGUCCUCACUCAUGUAAACACGACGCAGAUCGAGACCAAGGUCAAGCAGCAGCAGGACAUGGGAAGUCAGGUCCGAGUACCGAAAGAACGACCGUAUUCCUGCUCGGAAUGCGGCAAGUCCUUCCUACUCAAGCAUCAUCUCACCACACACGCCAGAGUACACACUGGCGAACGGCCGCAUAUUUGCGUUCAUUGCGGCAAGAGUUUUGCGCACAAACACUGUCUCCAUACGCAUCUGCUACUGCACAGCGCCGAGAGGCCGUAUCAAUGUCGCGAAUGUAAAAAAUCUUUCACGCUGAAGCAUCAUCUUGUGACGCAUACUCGCGUGCAUACGCGGGAGCGGCCGUUUGUCUGCCAAGAGUGCGGAAGAGCGUUCCCGCUCAAACGUCACCUGGUGACGCACAGUAAAUUCCACUCGGGGGAGAGACCUUACGUUUGCGAGGAAUGCGGGGAGUCGUUUUCGCAAAAGGACCACCUUACGAUGCAUUCACGCUUCCACGGCAGCCUACAUCCAUUCGUUUGCCACGACUGCGGUGCGACAUUUCAGAGGAAGUUUGAGCUAGUUAAUCACGGCCGGCUACACGGCAGAGUUCCACACUCGUGUACCGUAUGCGGAAAGGAGUUUCUGCAGAAGAGAACACUUUUAGCUCAUAUGCGUUUACAUACGGGCGAGACACCCUUCGCUUGUACCGUUUGCGGAGAAGCAUUCCCUCGGAAAGCGGACCUGGUCGCUCAUUCUAAGAUUCACAACAAUAAUGCAAAUACCGAUGAAAAGUCCCUUACAUGCAGGGAAUGUGGGUUGGAGUUCCCGAAUCGAGAAGCUCUGAAUUUGCAUCAGAGGUUACAUACUGGUGAUCGAACACUGGUAACGGACCUUUGUGGAUUAGCAGCCGCCUUUCAGCAAACUCCAGCACAUUUUCUUACCCCAAACACUCCAGGAACACAUCAGAUGAACGGACCGAUAGGGACACCUGGUGUCAGUCAUAUGCAUGGCGCGACGCAAACGUCGCCACCAGUGGGUGCAGGACCAAAACCUAAGCCACAUAUUUGUCCUGAUUGCGGUCGCGGUUUCGCACAAAAACACGGCUUGUCGCAGCAUCAACGACGUCACACAGACGGCAGUUGCCACAUACGAUCACACGUAUGCGACAAAUGCGGCAAGGCCUUCUUCCAGAAGAAUCAUUUGUUAUUACAUCAACGUCAGCAUAUGGAUCCGCCACCAAGUAUACUUAGACAACAACAAAGACAAGCCGCUCAAGCUGCGGCUCAGCAAGCGCAACAGCAGCAGCAACAGCAAGUUCAGCAGCAGCAACAGGUGCAACAGCAAGUACAGCAGCAACCACAGCAACAACAACAGGCGUGUACCGUUGAUACGAAAACAAUUCAACUACAGGCAAUACAGCAGCAAGUACAGCAACAAGUGCAACAGCAAGUACAGCAGCAGCAGCAGCAGCAACAGCAGCAGCAGCAACAGCAGCAGCAACAACAGCAACAGACGCAACAACAACAAGCAUGUUCCGUGGACGCUAAAGCAAUACAGUUGAAUGUCACCAUGUGAGACGGUAUAAAGAUGAGGGACUGGAGAGUCCUUGAAACAAUAGCACUCCCAAAUGCGCACCCUGCUGCCACCCUCUGCACGCACUUAUCAUGUACUAACAAUACACGUUAGAUAUAUAUUUAUUAUCUCUAGAUUCAAAAAUAAUAAUCAAUUUUAUUACAAGAAUAGAAAUAUACAAAGAUAUAUAUAUAUAUAUAUAUACACACACUAUAUUCUAAUUACUAUAAGGCUUGUAACAAGAAAAUAAAGGUAACCGUUUAUUAGUGUUUUACAUAUACUUUAUAAAUAUACAAAUAUAAAAUAUAUAAAUAUAUAAAUAUAUACUCUAGACAUGUAAAAUGAGACUAAAAAAUUAGUUGCCUUAACGAGAAGAAGAAUUUUAAUGAACAUAUUAACUAUUACGUUUGGUUUUUUUUCAUUUACUUUUAUUUAGUAGGACAUCACUUUAUAAGAAAAUACGUAUUGAAUAAAUCGAGAUAAGAUACUAAGUUCGCCGUGUAUCGUUGCUUUGUUAUCCUUCUCAAUGUAACUAUGCGAUGGUAAUUGAAAGAAGAUACUUGAUGUGUGAACAGUAAGAUGGUGAAUGGAAAGGGGGAGAUUCUGUAAACGGUUUUGGCAAAGAAAAAAAGAGGGUGGCAGACAUUGCGCAUUUAUGAAGCAUUUUUAAAGCUUAGAUCUAUAUAAAAUAGCAUUUUAGUCCCGCGCAAUUUAUAUUUUUACGUUAAAUGAUACGAGCAAAUGGUUCGUUAAAUUUUAGAAAUACGUAAGAAUCCCGGUUUUAUAAGAUCCAAAUAUCAAUAAAUGGAUGUAAAUGUUUUUCGUGAGGAAUUAACGCGAUGUAUGAACGCCAUAUAUAUGAUCUUAAAGUUAUAUACGAGAAUGCAUAAAUUAGUUUUCAGUAAAGUCACAAGAUUAAUACACGUAUUCUGUAUGUGUAUUAAUCUUGUUACACAUGUACUUCGCGUUUAGAAUCCCAAGAAGCCUUUCCACGUGCUUAAUUCUCUUUCGAUUGAAACAUUUCCUCCGUGAUAACAAAGUGCGCGUCGCGUGCAGUUACGUGUGAGAUUGCUUAACGGACUCUCCUAGUGAAACGCAAAUUUAAUUUUUGUCAGCAAAAGUAUAUUAAUUAAUAGUAUAGCUAGAAAAACGGAAAAAUACGAAUAAAGGUUUCCUACAUAGUUUUAAUAUG